AUGGGCAUACUCUACGACGAUGUAGUGAUCAUAAGUCAGCCACAAAAGGACGGCGACCCAACUGUUCUCACUGUCAACUGCCCUGAUAAAACCGGUCUGGGCUGCGAUUUGUGCAGAAUCAUACUCUUCUUUGGUCUCAACAUACUCAGAGGAGAUGUUUCAACGGAUGGGAAAUGGUGCUACAUAGUUUUCUGGGUGCUUGGGAAACAGAGGACGAGGUGGAGUUUGUUGAAGAAGCGGCUGAUUGAAGCAUGCCCUUCUUGCUCCUCGGCUUCUGGAAUAUCUUAUUAUCGAUCUGAGUUGCAGCCGUCCAAGCCUCCUGAUGUAUUUCUUUUGAAUUUUUGCUGUCAUGAUCGGAAAGGGCUUUUGCAUGAUGUUACUGAGGUUCUUUGUGAGCUAGAACUUACCAUCAAGAAAGUGAAGGUAUCUACUACACCUGAUGGCAAAGUAAUGGAUUUGUUUUUCAUCACAGAUACCAGAGAACUUUUACAUACAAAGAAGAGAAAGGACGAAACAAUUGAACAUCUAACAGAGAUUUUAAGGGAUGCCAUCAUUUCUAUUGACAUAGAAUUGGUUGGCCCAGAAAUUACAGCUUGUAUCCAGGCAUCUCCAUUCCUUCCAACUGCAAUCACAGAAGAUGCCUUUGAUUUGGAAUUGCCUGAUUUGGCUCGUAGCGGAACUCUCAGAUCAGAUUAUGUUUCUAUCAUGAUGGACAACACACUUAGUCCUGCUCACACCCUUGUCCAAAUUAUGUGCCAAGACCACAAAGGUCUUCUUUAUGACAUCAUGAGAACUCUGAAAGACUAUAAUAUUCAGAUUUCUUAUGGGCGUUUCACUACAAAACCUAGAGGAAAAUGUGAGAUUGACUUGUUCAUCAUGCAAGCAGAUGGCAAAAAGAUUGUUGACCCGAACAAGCAGAAUUCCUUGUCAUCACGCCUUAGAAUGGAACUACUCCGUCCACUCAGAGUAACCAUUGUCAGUAGGGGCCCCGAUACCGAGCUUCUGGUCGCAAAUCCAGUGGAGUUAUCCGGCAAGGGCCGGCCUCUUGUUUUUCAUGAUAUCACUCUUGCACUCAAAAUGCUCGGCACUUGCAUCUUUUCGGCUAAAGUUGGAAGACACUUAAUUGGAGAUCGUGAGUGGGAGGUUUAUAGAGUCCUGCUUGAUGAAGGGGAGGGGUUAUCUGUUCCAAGGAACAAAAUUGAGGAGGGAGUUUGGAAAAUGCUGAUGGGUUGGGAGUAA